CACAUCAGUGAGCCCACCUGUAGCCGCUUUUGAUUGGUUGUUGAAGCAGCCGCUCGCAGAGAACGUUCCAGUUUCAAAAAGCUGCGGCAAAGCAGAGUCCGUCAGCUCGUCCCAUCGCCAGGAGUCAUGUGCAACAGAAUGAAGUGUGAAGGAACAGGGAAAAGCGCUACUGUUUACUUUGCCGCAGCUGUUAUUCUGACGUGUUAUUUGGCGCACACGGUAGACUGUAAUCGACUGAAGAAAACGGAGUGGCGAAAAGAAGCCGAUGCAGCCAGAAGGAUAGGUUUCACAGAGGGGCAAAUUGUGUUCGGGAGAGUUUUUGAGAAAGGGUCAGGUCUUGGGUCACAAGUCACACACCGGACCAAUAAGUCUUCCUCAAACGCAUCUGUAGAGGAGGACGCUGCAUAUCAAGCCGACUCCGCAGGCUGGGUGGAAGGAAAAAAACAAAAUGCUAAUUCUAGAGAAGCCGCAUGGAAGCGCAUGUCUCCCUCCUUGCAGUGCGGUUGGGACCAGUUAAAGUUCAGAGCAGUGGGACCAGGAGCUUUACAGUUUGCUGUGGAACAAGUAAAUGCACCUCCGAUACCUCUGUCCCAAGUCCCUUCCACCUGUGGCUACAGCAUGCAGAGGAACUCUCUUGCGCUUGUCAUGUUGGUUCCCUAUGAUGGCUGCAACGUGGUUCAAGAGGUUGGAAGUUAUGUGCUCCCUAUGCAUUGGCAGGGAAAUCCAGUCUCACUCUGGUGUCCCAAACCUCCAACACCUGCACCAACCACUGUACAAUCAGCAGCCACAGAUCCUCUUCCUUUCUACCCACCGCAAGGUCUACCAUAUUUCUUUCCUCCAUAUCCUAUCAAUCUCCAAUAUCCAACUCCUGAGCCAGAGAUGACUACACAAACGGCUCUCCCUGAACAACCCCAAUAUCCUUUCAGUCCCAGAUCUUUCAAUCCCCGUUGUCGAAAUCCUGAGCCGGAGACGACGACACCACCAAAGGCUCGCCCUGAACGACCCAAUGUCCACUUUCCUCGAUAUCGUUUCAAACCCCAAUAUCCAAUUCUUGAGCCAGCGACGACAACACCACCAACGGCUCUCCCUGAACAUCCCCAAUAUUUUGAUCCCCAAUAUUUCGAUCCCCAAUAUUAUUUUGAUUCCCAGUAUUAUUUCGAUCCCCAAUAUCCUGUCGAUCCCCAAUAUCCAACUCCUGAGCCACUAAUGACAACACCACCAACGGCUCUCCCUGAACAUCCCCAAUAUUUCGAUCCCCAAUAUUUCGAUCCCCAAUAUUUCAAUCCCCAAUAUUAUUUCGAUCCCCAAUAUCCUGUCGAUCCCCAAUAUCCAACUCCUGAGCCACUAACGACAACACCACCAACGGCUCUUCCUGAACAUCCCCAAUAUCCUGUCGAUCCCCAAUAUCCAACUGCUGAGCCACUAACGACAACACCACCAACGGCUCUCCCUGAACAUCCACAAUAUUAUUUUGAUCCCCAAUAUUAUUUUGAUCCCCAAUAUCCUGUCAAUCCCCAAUAUCCAACUCCUGAGCCAGUAAUGACAACCCCAACUACAACAAAGAAAAUGGAUACAUUUCAACAUCACCUUAAAUUUCCUUAUCAUCCUCCUUUCUAUCCCCCUUACUCAAGCUACCCUUCUAAAAAAUGGUUCUAAUAAAUGGUUUGAGUAAGUGACCCUGUCCAGUUUUUAUUUUUAAUUUUUUUUUGUUGUACUUGUUAACCCUCAACUACCCCAGAAAUUGUCAUUUGGUACUGCAUGUCUACGUGAGGAACAGAUAUUAAAAGGCUUUACUCUUGA